AUGGCCACAGUUCCUCCACCUCCUCAUUCUCCUCACAGAGAUACCCGAACUCGGGCUUCCCAGGACGUAGCAGCGCGAGCGAUAUCACCUACACCAGCUCCGCGGGAACGCAGCCGUGCAACAUCUUACUCUUCUGCAGGAUGUGAGUACAGAAACGACAAUCACGACUACAUCGAGGAAUCUAUAGGCAUUUCUAUUCAUGCCGCACUAGCAACUCUGAUUCACAGUGAAAAGUUCUCAGACAUGACCAUCAUCUGCGGAGACCGUCAAUUCAAGACCCACCGCGCUGUUGUAUGCACGCAGUCUCCUUUCUUUGAUAAAGCACUGAGCGGCGACUACAUGGAAUCUGGAUCACGGUCUAUUGAAUUACCGGAGGAUGAUCCUGAUGUCGUGGAGCGGUUUCUCGAGUUCUUGUACACCGGUACCUACACCGACAGUGUGAACUUUACCUGGGGAAAGCCCUCUAAAGCGGCGUUGCUUGAUCCUGAGACUGUUAUUCAGAACUUGCAGCAGCCGGCGUGCGGAUCCCAAGGAGAGGAUAUGCCGUCAACCGAGGAGGAGGGAAAUGAAGAAUACAAUGAAUACGACGAGCGAGCGGGUAGUCCUUCAGACAACGGCGACGUAGCGGGAGAUGAAAAAUCCGAGCUCACAAAGGUGGCAGAAGCAGUUGCAGAAGGUCGUCGGCAAGAAGGACUAAAUCAGCUCGCCGAACUACGCAACGACAUGACACUACCUCUCCGGCUGUACGUCUUGGCAGACAAGUACGAUGUGCCCGCCCUUCGACUCCUAGCGCGUGAUCGAUUUUACCGCGCCGUGGAGCUCGUUUGGGAAGAGGCCGAGUGUUUUCCUGACGUGGUUGAUGAGUUGUAUCAGACCACGCCGCCAACAGACACUGCGAUGAGGGAGAUUGUAUGCAGACUUGUGGCGGCUGUGAUCCAUGUGCCCAGGGUCAGAGAUAAGAUGAGGAAUGUUAUGGUGAAGCAUGGGGAUUUCGCUGUUGGGGUCAUGGAGUAUUCUAUCCAUCUGCACACGCUUUUCGUCUGA